AUGCAAUCAUCAAACACUCACUUAGCAAGGCAGUUACAGCAACUCAAAAAAUAUCCAGUUCAAGGAUUUAGCGCUGGAUUGGUUGAUGACAAUAAUUUAUAUGAAUGGGAGAUUAUCCUAAUAGGUCCUGUAGAUACUCUAUAUGAGGGUGCAAUAUUGAAGGCAAAAUUAUACUUCCCAGAGGAAUACCCAUUGCUCCCUCCAAAAAUGAAGUUCUUGUCUGAAUUGUGGCAUCCAUCGAUCUAUAACACUCCAGAUAGAAAAGGGGAAGUUUGUAUUUCAAUUCUACACCCACCUGGUGAUGAUGAAUGGGGUUGGGAGGAUGCCUCAGAGAGGUGGUUGCCAGUCCACUCAGUUGAAUCAAUUCUAAUCUCAGUUAUUUCCCUCUUGUCUUCAGAUACACCUUGUACUGACUCACCUGCAAACGUAGACGCUGCAAAACAAGUUAGAGAGGAUUUAACUGGAUAUAGAAAAACAGUACGUAGAUUGGCAAGAAAGUCAGCAGAGGAUAUUUGGGAACAGCCACUCUCCCCCAACGCUCAAAUAACAGACACAGGAUUCAAACAAAUCUUAAACUCAUCUUUAAUUUCUUUAUAUGGGGUUGUAAAUGGAAGUAUACACGUUGAUGUCAUUGCAGUUACAGAUAAACUAUCAAAUGGCUUACAGAAAGUUGGACUCAAAUGUGCGCAGGAACACGCUCAGCAGGUCAAGAAUAGCCUCAGUACUGCUUCAACCACUUCUACGAGAUUCUUCGAUGACUCCUUCAAGAUAAGUGUUGUUGAUUCUGGCAAUACACCAACUAUACUCCAACCAAUAACAGAAUUUGAAUACAAGCAAGCACAAUUAGCACAAUUCAAAUGA